UGCGUUUAAAUUGUGUUUAACACCAACCAAUGCAAGACCAUUAAAACCAUUGUCAGGUAAGCACCACUUAUCAGACAUUUAUUUUCUGAAGUGCCUAGAUAUGUAAAACCAAUGUAAUAAAACACUGCCACACUCACAUUAUGUCCCAAUUUAUUUUAUAUAAAACUGAACACCCGUUGAGCAUGACUGACUAGACAAAACAUGCAAGAAUAUCCUUUUGCAGAAAGAUUGCCACAGGUACAUUUCCCCAACAAGCUUGGGCUGUUAUUUUGAGUCAGAUCUUUUGAGUGAAUCAGCUGAACUGUUCACCACACAAUACAUUCACAAAUCAGUCUGAAAUCAGGUUCUCAAGUUAAACACAUAGUCCUGUUUCCAUCGGAACACUUUGAGGAGACCAUUCGAUUUGAACAUGUUGUUUUUGCCAGUGAUGAACCAAGUCUGCAUUGCCUAUUAAAAAUUUGGAUGCACAAUCAUUUGUCUUUGUCUUGGGGGUAUUCGUCUCUGAAAGUGAGACUUCAUACUCAGUCUAAUCGACUGGUUUUAGAUUAGUCUCAGUGCUUUGGUAGUCUUCCAGCCCCUGGAGCAGACAAAAGUUGAACGGCCGGGACAGCUGUAGGAAACCCAUCACGGAGCUCUGCUUUUGAUGAGUGUGGGAGUGUCCUCACAAAACCAGUUAGCUGCCACGCUUAACAAGAUUGAGACAGGCCUGCAGAAUAAAAGAAGAAAGGGAAUGGAGAGAAAGAAUGAGACGGAACGCAAACCCCUUGCAUCCCUCAGCAGUUCCAAUCGGUAACACGGCCGAGAGUAGUCAUUUGUGGAGAGUUUGUGAGCAUAUGCAUCAUCCUUUUGUGCACACAAUCCCAGCAUGGAAAGAAAACCCAUUCCAAUUUUGAAAUAGUGUGUUUGGCAUCUUAUGAACCUUGCAACCACAUCUGGAAACACGCAGGUCAUAAUCCACCAAAGGCAGCAUAGAAAACAUAUUUAGAGCGAGGAAAGGAAACAAAAUGAAAAGCAAUAAUUGGAGUGACCAGUUGGACUGUUGCUGCAAAUGUCUGGGAAUGUAGCACACAAACUUGCUUAUACUUAGGUACUGUUCAGUCAAAUCUCCCGGCUGGAAUCGAUGUUUCCUGCACUACUUUUCAGCAGUGGCAAUCCCCCCGCUGCUGAGACAUGACAAAAGAACUCAUAAUUGACCUGAGACAUACACUAGAUGUGUGUUUUGCGGUCUGUACUUAAUGUGAUGCAAUUAAACUACCAUGUGCUGUGUUAUAAUGCAGAGAAUAAGUGUAUUUUAAUGGUGCUGUCCUCAUGGACUGUGCUGUCAACAACAUGCAAUACAACCAGUGCAUUCUGAUUCACCAACAACAACUCUUAUGAACUGGUUCUUUAAUUCUGAAUCAAAAACUCUCUAAACUUCUUGCACUGAAUGUUUCUCAUUAGCUAAAUAGAACCAGUUCGUAAGAAUCAUCAUUUCAUCAGAAUCAGACUAAACAGCUUGUGCUGUAUGUUUCCUGAUGUACUGAUUCUUAUGAACUGCAUGGUUCUUUUUAGCAAAGAAAAAUGACCGAGCAAAGUCUGUCGUCAAAGUAUUUCUGUAUAAUUGCCUGCCGGAACUGACAUCCACGAAAACAAUUACCACAUUUAUUUUGUUUUGUCAGCUUGCCCAGGAACAAGUAACUUAUUAUAUAUGAAAAUUAUUAUAUUCAAUGCCUUCUACUUUUUUAUUGAUAUAUAGUGUCAGUUUAUCAGGAAGGGGAACGUUUUGUUCUCUUUGACUCAUUGGAUGGAAACAGUUCCUUUUUUUAUUAUUAUUUUAUUGUAUUAUUAUUUGUAACUUUUAAUGGAAACCUGGCUAAUGUAACCUGAUUCCUAAAUGAAUGGCUCUUAUGCAGAAGCUCUUUGUGGCAGACGAAUGCAUUAAAUAAACAACAUUAAUAAAAUUAACAAUAACAAAAAUACUUGUUUGCUUCAAAGGAUGUGAUUGGUGCUUUGCACAGAUGCAUUAGAGCCACUCUCUACCUAUCUUUGUCUUUUGUUUUCUUCCUUUUCAUGGUAACCACAGUGUCCCUCCCACACACAUGCACAUAUACGCACGCACACUCACACACUGCAGUAUAGGAUCUCUGAACCCACAUGCCGUGUGGUUUAAUUUUCUCGGAGAGUGAGUGAGAGAGAUAAGAAAGAGAAAGAAAGAAAGACAGUGAGGUGUUGGGCCCACUGAUUCCAUUCUCUGGGUUGAACAGUUUCCAUUUACACACAGCCAUUUCCAAUGACCAAGGACGACUUUCCGUUUUUCCGUUUUAAUUCGGGUGACAGUAGAUCGUCAGCAUUCGUCAAACCUCUCAGCUUCUUCAGGCUCACUCUGGUUGAAGCAGCCUUUCGACGGUAACCUCCACAUGCAACCUGCUUCGAAUAGAGUCCAGCUUUUGAGGGCUUGCGCCUGUCUGGAGUACACCAACUGCCUCUUUUGCCCAGUCAGGAGUUAAAUCAAGAUGACAAGGGGUGUGAGCGGUAUGUCCGUGGAUGAGAAGUCUGAAGCUCCCAUGUACGUGUAUGAGUCGACGGUGCACUGUACCAACAUCCUGCUGGGUCUGAAUGAGCAGCGGAAGCAGGGCCUGCUCUGUGAUGUGACCGUUCUGGUGGAGGGGAAGGAGUUCCGUGCGCACAGGGCUGUCCUAGCAGCCUGCAGCGAGUACUUCCUACAGGGCUUCAUCACCCAAAGUGACAAUGAACUGGUUCUCAGCAUGCCAGAGGAGGUCAGUGCCCGGGGAUUCGCUCCAUUGUUACAGUUUGCCUAUACGGCUAAGCUGCUGCUCAGCAGAGAAAACAUCCAGGAGGUCAUCCGCUGUGCUGAAUUCCUGCGCAUGCACAACCUUGAGGACUCCUGCUUUCGCUUCCUGGAGGCCCAGCUGCGCAGUGAGGAGGAUAGCCUGGUCCUCUGUCAGAAGAUGGCAUCUGAGAGCAAUCACUCGGAGGACGAGAGCAUGCAACCUGAGUUGCUGACGACAACGCCAACUGCAGUGACCCUGUCUGGCUCUCCACACUCUCGCCGUGAACUUGCCUUGAACUCCUUGCGGCGGCCAGACCAUGAGCGGCUGGCAGUGACAGAGGAGUUCGCUGAUGGACAGAUGGACUUCGAGCGUCACGGCACCUCAGACCUGCCAAGAUGCCCUAAAUACAGGAAGUACCAGUGGGCAUGCAACAAGCACAAUAACGACACCUCCUCACACACCAGUACCUCAGGUUUUCCAAGCACAUUCAAGGAGUUGAACAGGCCAGCUGUGAUGCAAAUCAAGCAGGAGCCACGCAGCGAGGAAGAGUCUAUCUCGCUUUGCCUGUCAGGGGAUGAGCACGAUGGUAGUGAAAAGGACGGUGUGGCCGAGAUGGAACUGGAUGGUUCCAUUGCAGUGGACCAAGCGAAAGGCAGCAGCAAGUCACCCGCCUGCCUAAGAGCUCUCUUUAAGAAGGACCUGCCUAGCACACCCCAGCAGGUCUUUGCUAACAGACUCGUCAAUGCCCAGGAUAAAGGAACCACUCAGGGAGACCACAAAAAAGACUACAGGCCUUCGCUUGGCAAUGAGCUUGGCAUGCCUGUGUUGUUCCCCAAAGACGCAGAUGGUUUCCCAUCAGGGCUUUCAUUGAAGUCAGCUCCCUGCGAUGGUGUGUGCAAGCAAGAGGUGGAGCCGGACCGCCGCAGUGUCAUCUUCUCCUCAGGACCCUGUGACCGACUGGGUACGCCCACCCACUCCCAUCCCACCGGGAACUCACUAGAGAAGGAGCUCUCAGAACACAUGCCAAAGGGAUUGUGGGCCAGCGCCAGCCAGUCCCUCCCCAGCUCCCAGACCUACUCCCCCAGCACCACAGCCAGCGACCCAUCCCUGCUUUGCCGCCAAAGGCCCAACACCAGUUGCCCAGUGCCAAUCAAGGUAUGCCCGCGAUCGCCCACCUCAGAGACCCGAACUCGGACCUCCAGUUCCUGUUCGUCAUAUUCUUAUGCUGAGGACGGGAGUGGCGGGUCCCCCUGCAGCCUGCCGCAGUUUGAGUUUUCGUCCUCGCCUUGCACCAAUGUUACACGGUGUCUCACGACUGACCCGCAGGAGGCAGGCGGUGGGACAGAUACGCUAUUUGCACGGGUGCGGCCCAAGAUAAAGUGCGAGCAGUCAUAUGGAACCAAUUCCAGUGAUGAGUCAGGGUCCUUUUCGGAGGGGGACAGUGAAUCAUGUCAUGCUCGAGAGCAAGGCCCUGAGGUCAAGCUUCCGUUCCCAGUCGAUCAAAUCACAAAUCUUCCACGCAACGACUUCCAAAUGAUGGUGAAAAUGCACAAGCUGUCCUCAGAGCAGCUGGAAUUUAUCCACGACGUGCGCAGACGCAGUAAGAACCGCAUCGCUGCCCAGCGCUGCCGCAAGAGGAAACUUGACUGCAUCCUGAACCUUGAGUGUGAAAUACGCAAACUGGUGUGUGAAAAGGAGAAGCUCUUAACAGAGCGCAACCAGUUGAAGACGUGCAUGGGAGAGUUAUGGGAGAGUUUCUCCUGUCUGUCUGAGGAGGUGUGUCGAGACGUGCAGCUGAGCCCAGAACAGGUCCAUCACUACUGCCCCAUUCUGCGCCCCGGCAACCAGGCCCUGCCCACCGGCAGCAUCGACCUCACCGCUUGCUCCACCCCCGAACAGAGCUUCCACAAAUCAGCCACAACAAAAGACUGUCAACCGCGACUGACCCAGUGGAAGACUGGAAACGGCUCCGAAGACACAAGCAACGACAGGGAGGAGCAAGAACCUGGCUCCGCCUACCUGUCCCUGGAACAGUCCAAUCAGACGGUGACGGUAGACUUCUGUCAAGAGAUGACAGAUAAAUGUACAACCGACGAACAGCCCAACAGAAAGGACUGUACCUAAUGACAGUGGUUUCUCUGUGUAGAUUUGUUUUACGAUGUUUUUAUUUUUUAUCAUUAUUUAAUUUAGAUUUGUCUUCUGAUGAACCCUCAAAAAUCGAGGGCUGUUGAGAUGGCCAGCCUCUGCCAGUGUUUUUGAUUUUUUUUAUAUAUCUAUUUAUGUCUUUUUAUUGUCUUUUUUAAAACAAAGGUUGACACUACAGUUGUCUUAACAGCAGCAAUACUGUUCUCCAGGUUCUCUCUCGUUCAGCCAUGGCAGAGUGGCUGAGACCUUCUCACAGAACUUCACGAUGGUGCUACACCUUUCCAUGACAGUGACAACACUGUCUGUUUCCAUUUACAGUCCAUUCAGAUGGGAUGGGCUCUGACCACAUCUCAAAUUCAGACCUCUAUGGACCUAGCAGCAGCUUUUUGCUCUCUCUCUCUCUCUCUCUCUCUCUCUCUCUCUCUCUCUCUCCACUUAAUCUCUACUACUCCUUCUCUUUCUCUUUGUGGCCCUUGUCACAGUAAAUUCAAACUCAGGAAAUAUUCUGAAUGUUCAGUAUAACUCAUGAAAAAAAAAAAUACCGUUUAGUUUUUUUCCUACAGCAGCUAGACUGUAAAUGUCCAUAUGCAAAAAUGUCUUCUGCAUCAUACGUUAGUAGUGUCUGUGUACCGCAACACUUAAUUUGUACAGAUGGUGGUAUCUAAAACAUUCCUCCUUUGCCUUCCACAGCACUGAUACGAAAGAAAGUACGACGGAGCGACGAAUGAUUCGCAUCGAAGUUUCGCCCCCCUUUUGCGUCAGCAAUACUUGUACCGUUGGAUGUUUUCGAGAAGUGCUUGCUCGGCAGAAAGCAUAUUGUAAAUAGUGCGGCGCAUGGAGAUGGUUUCGGUUAUAUUGUACAGGUAGAACUUUAGAUGGCUUUUUCGUUUUUCUUUGCUUUCUUUUUACUGGGGUUUUAUCAAGCACCUUUUUGUCCCAGAGGGAAAGGUUGUUGCUGUUUCCUGUCUCAAAUGAAUUCCCCAUGACGAUGGGUGUGCUUAAACUCAGGAAACUAGCAUUCUUACACUCACGCAUGCACACACACGCUCGCAUACGAAUCCCCCCAGCCCAGAGCAGCACAUAAAGCCCCUUGCAUGUAAUUUGGAUGAAAACGGUGUGCAUAACAGUGAGCUGUUCUCCUUUAAAUGUGAAAAAGUGCUCUCUGAGGAAACCUUAUUUCUUAUCAGUAUUUACAGUGUGUUCACGGACACCUCCGAACAGUGUUAUCUAAAACAAAACGUCGUGACGAUCACACACCCUUUCAGUUACGGCCCAUUUUACCGCUCUGACAGGAACAGGAAAAUGAUGUUGAAGUCAGUUAAAGGGCCUUGCUCUUGGCUUUUUUUUCUUCCCUCAGCACUCCUUGUCCGUUUAGCACUUCAGAAAGGGUAGAUUUCUUUUUCAGGACCCUAAAAAGUCUGAAAUUGAAGCACUUAACGCAUACACUUAAAAGUGUCUUUUCAGCCAGAUGAUCUUUAGUGACUUGGUAUCUUAUAAAGAACGUUUUCAGGUUCAUUUAAAUAAAAGAAAAAAAUAGGGGAGUGUUCAAACUGCAUAUUUAUGGAAGACACUAAACAAAAAUAGCAUCUUUUUAAAAAGCAACGUAAAUCUGAUCUGAGAUGGAUGUGGACUAAACCCAUUUUUUAAAGUCGUCCUGUAUUUCUCUUUAUUGUACAUUUGUUAGACACGUAUAUCCAUACUAAUGGGAUUGCAUGCUGCCUGUUUGUUUUAUAUAUUUUUUUAGGUUCCUUUGCCUCAAAAUGUAGGCCUCAGAAAACAGUUCGAUGGUUGUUUCCUCUGGUUUAGUUUAGCAUAAACUGAAAGCGUUUUUCUUGAAAAAUUGGAUCUCCCAACAGUUGGGAAUGCCUCUCAUUUGACAUAGUUCUAUAUUAUUUGAAUGACCUUUAACCCCUAGAGCUCUAUGUAUGCGUGCUUAUGUAUUUGCUAGUCUGAUUGAUAAAUAUUCAGAUAUUCCCCUCUCCCUCUCAUAUGCAAGCACACACACACACACACGCACAGACACACACACAUCACACUGGGUGGAGUGUGUCUCCUGGGAUGUAGAAUCUAGAGGUGUUGUGAUGAAUAGUUGUGCUGUUGUUUUCAUUGUGGAUCUUUUUCUCUUUCACUUCUCUCUAAAGAAAUUGAAACAGUAUUUGCCAUUUCUAAAUUGUAAUCAGGUACAUGACUAGAACUAAAGAUUUAUGGGUCCAAGUGGACAUUUGUGCACACAUAUGCAAAUCAUCCCUAUAAUGAUGCGUUUUUCUUAUUUCAUGUUGUAUAGAUAACGAAGCGUGGAAAGCAUGUACUUCCACUUGACAAGCACACUGUCGUACACUUGAGAAUCGAUGUCCACAAUUUUGACACUUCUGGAGAAAAAAAACAAAACAAAAGGUCACACCUGCGUCAAGGCGAUCUAAAACAGUUCCCCAAAUUUGCUUUUAUUUAUGUUCCCUUGCAUAGCAGUGUUUGUUGUGCUCUUGUUUAUUUCUGUGCUGUCUGUGAUAUGGCUGACUCCUCACGCUUGCACACUUGGCCUUAAGAGCCUGGGGAUACUUCGGUUCAGGCCGAUGUUUCGAUGCAGAUGUGGAAGAAACGGUGGAAGAAACCGGGAGUGAGUGACACGGAUUGGAAUUCUGACCUCUGUUAGCCUCUGUUACCAAACGCUGCAUCAUGUUUGCCUCCACAGUGACUUCAAGGGUUCGUCCUGGUCACAGGUCAAAUAAGCUUAUUAGCUCUCCUCUCAACAACACUUCUGCUCGUUUUUGUUGUUUUACAGAGGUUUUAUUUUCAUAUCAGACUCAUGGUUGCUCUUGUAUCUUGUCUCAGGGUGCGUGCCAAGGUUUUAAUGUUUUUUUUUUUUUUGGUUUUCAGACAUUUUUGAUGGUAGCUGGUGAGCUCAGCUUUCGUUCUUUGCGUAUUUUUGUGUCUUGCGUGUUUUUUGUUUGUGUGUGUGUGUGUCUUAUAAAGCUAAUGGGUGGGUAGCAUGAUUUUUAUUUGAUUUUUUGUAGAGUUUCUAAGCUAAGAAUAAUUGAUUCGUAAAGAAAACCAACUAGUUUUGCACACUUAUUUUGGAUGUAAACCCAACAAGGGCUAUGAAAUAUCUCAAAAUAAAAUCCAGCAAUUCGUUUUUGGUUGUCAAUUGGCUGCUACAGCUAAUCGUUUAAGCUUUCGAUUUGCAAUUGCGUUCAAAAGACGUGUAUUUUAAGCUUCGUAAAUGUAUUGAGAACCAAUACUGUACAAGAAAACACCUUACAUGUCUUCAUCUAUGUAAGCUCCCAUUUAAUGUCAUUUGUUUGAAUAAUUUGGUCGGUUUGUUUCGUUCGUGCUGCUCCUCUGAAAUAUGAACACUGGCGUUCCAAAGGGUUGCUCAAAAACAUGCCUUUUUCACAAUUUGCUUAACUUUAUAAAACAUUUAGUAUUUGGACUGAUAACGGCAUAAGAAAAAGGCAAAAUGUUUACAAAAAGGUGUCAUGUUUUACGAGAAUUUUGCCAUGUACAUAGAAAUCGUGAGGCUCGUUCGAAUGGAUAGGAUUAGCAUUCUGUCUCUUUGUUUUGUACAUUUUUACAAGCGAACAGAGAAAUGACCGUUUGAUAACUAUGCUCCUUUUCCUCAAGUUGUCUUUUUGCCCGACGGGGAUGCUCCAGUGUACCAUGAAUACAAAGUGCACCUCCAACUUUGCCUUAGAACUUCCAGAGGCCAUAGUUCACAUACAAGUGAAGAGUGUAUGCAGGGGCUGUGAGCCCCCAUGUUUCGGCUAGCAGAGCGGACUCUCUCUCUCUCACACUUAUCUACCUGUGAAAUCCUUCAUACCUCUCAUUACUGGUCAAUGACUGUAUCAGCAAACUGCAUCAGGUGUUUUUUCUACAUGCUUUUUACACAGAUUAUAUGGAUUAUUGUAUUGGUAGAUUUUGGUGCAUCAUUUUUAAUGGAAUAGCUCUUUGGCUUUUAGUCACACAAGUUGUUUUUUCUCUCUCUAUCUCUCUUUCUGACUCUUUAUCGCAUUUUUUCUAGAAGGCUGUUUUGUGUUAAUAUUGUCGAUUUGAGGUAGCUGUUCCUUUGCUUAUUCUGGACUAAGAGUUAUAAUUUUUUUUUUCAUUUCGAAAUGCUACAUGACCCUAAUGAAUUUAACGACUUAAAAACCAUUGUACAUACGGUAUUGUGCAGGACUCAUUUUCAUGCAUUUCAAUUGCUAGUGUUAUAUAAUUGACAGAUUUUGUCUAGACACCAUUUCUGUUUAUGAAAUAAAGAAACAUAUCAUGUAA